ACCUCCCCCUCUUCUCCCUCUCCUCUGCGCUCCCACACGGGCGCAAACAGCUGCGAAACCCUAAAAAUCCUCGCUCCAAACGCUAACCCCUCUUCUUCCCCCCCUCCCCAUGAAAUCCCUAAUUCCGCGAGUCCUCUUCAUCCACUUCCCCUGUCCUCCACUCCCUCUCACUUCCCACCGUUUCUCUCUCAUCUUCCUCCAUUCCAGCGCCGGGGAGGAUGCCCACCGGCGGCGGCCGGAAUCUUUCCCUCCCUCUUCUCUUUCCCCUUCUCCUUCUUCUUCUCAUCCGUUUAGUUCUACUUCGUCUUCCUCCAGGCGGAAUCACGAGGAGGAGAGCAGGAACGUGAAGGUCUCUGUAUGGUGGGACUUCGAGAACUGCAACAUCCCGGUGGGCGUGAAUGUGUUUCGUGUUGCGAAUCGGAUAACGUCGGCCCUCCGGUCGACCGGCAUCAAGGGGCCGGUCACCAUCACCGCCUUCGGGGAUGUGGCUCAGCUCUCUCGAGCCACUCAGGAGGCGCUCACCUCCACCGGCGUUUGCCUCAACCAUGUGCCCCAUAGUGGGAAGAACAGCUCCGACAGGUCUUUCAUGGCUGAUCUUGUCUAUUGGGUUUCACAAAACCCUCCGCCUGUCCACUUCUUCCUGAUAUCAGGGGACAGGGAUUUUGCAAACAUUCUGCACCGCUUAAGGAUGAGCAACUAUAACGUGCUCCUUGCUAGCACUGACACUUCUCCAGGCGUCCUCUGCAGUGCUGCAACCAUCAUGUGGCCCUGGUCUGCUUUGGUUAAGGGAGAAAGUAUCUCUGUCAGGCAUUUUAAUCAUCCACCUGAUGGUUUAUAUGGGUCUUGGUAUGGGUACUACAAAGGGGUUCUUGAUGACCCCUUCUCAGGUAUGGAACAUGCAGUCAAUUCACAACCUGAUGAAUAUAUGGAAUCAAUUUCCGAGACCAAGCCUCGCCCAAUUCCCAAGGCAGUAUUGAAUGGGAUCCGUCAGGUAUUAUACUGGUACCCUGAAGGGAUAAACCUUUCCGAGCUUCGCGCCGAGCUCAAAAGAAACAACAUAACCAUGGAUAAGGACUUUUUUGGGUAUAAGAAGUUCUCACACCUUCUUUGUUCUAUGCCAAAUGUUGUGAGGUUCAUACCUCCUCCGCCGGGUGAAGGUCAACCACUGGUGAUUGGUACCCACAGAAGGGUGACUGAAUCAGGCGAGCCCAGUGCUAAGCCUGCCAAAGAUAUUGAAAUUAGUGAUGGGGACAAGGGUCGUGCCGUAAGUCGGAAUGGAAAACCAUCAGAAGUGCCUCCAACUACUUUAUCAAAGCUUUCUCCCAGUCAUAAAGAGACUGAUGUCAAUGCUAGCAUAGGUACGUCAACUGUCCCACAGGGAAACGAGGCUGCAGUUGAAGGGAGAUUUGAAAGGCUUUGGAAAACCUUUACUGGAUCUGGGCCUUCCAAAGCAGAAUCAUCUCCUUCUAAAGGAACAGACAUGGGCACCUUUGUUGGUGCUUCCACAUCCCAGCAACGAAAUGAAGAUCUAGUUGAAGAGGGAAUUUUUAGAAGGAUAUGGAAGACCUUGAGUGGCCCUAGAGGUGGCCAUUCAAAGGACAAAAAUUGUACCAUCCGCAAGGCAGAUUCUACUGUUCAUGAGGAUUCUAGAAAAGAUGUAGCAAGUGUGCGCAGUUGCAAACACUCUGAGAAAGCAAAAUCUGAAGACAAGAAAGCUGCAAGGCCAAAGAAUGAUCCUUCCAGUCUGGUGGGUUGCGGAUUGAGUUCUUCGAAUGCAAGUAAGUCACCUCUGAUGGACAAAACUGUUGGACAAUUGGAAGAGCAUAUUGGUGCAGCAGACUUGAGAAUGGGUUUCUUUAGUCGGAUGGCAAGCUGGUGGAGAUCAUGGAAAUCUGGUGCCAAAGGUCAAGAGGAUAGUGUUCCAUCUGUUAAAGAGGUCCUUGAUAAUGAAGAAAGGAAUGCACAAGGUGAAUCUGUUAAAACUUUGACUGAUGCUAGUUGUCAGCCAGAAGCUCAUGAUUUAUUUUCAAAAGCUUACUUUUGGGAUGCUCUGGAAUCAUUUUUGCUCACUUCCAAGGGGUCUGACAUUAUCUUAAAAUCGAGAACAAGGGGACAAUUGGUGCAGAGCCUCCAAAAGGAAGGCCCUUGGAUUCUCAAGGAUCUUAAAGAGAACCAUCUCCUUCAGUUAGUAGAUCUAUUAAUUUCAGGAAAAAAAUGGGUGGAAGAAUCUGCUUCACAGACAUUUCCUUUCAAAGUUACAUUCCCAGCUAAAAGAAGGUGUGUUCCAUCUCAUGCACAUGGUCCCAAUGGUUUAAGUUCUCUCUUUUCAGGUAGAAUGUCACAGUCCAGCCUGCAGAGGCUACCAGAGCAGGAAAAACAAGAGCAGAUUUCUAGGCCUCUUGGAAGUUCAUAUAAUGAAAGUGUAGAUUCCAAGCCACCUCAAAAUUUUUCUGAGCUGAAAGCGUGGUUUCAGAAAACCUUUAAUGCUACAGAGGGUGUUGAACCUGAGGAUUUCAAAAAGCUUUUCGAGAGCACGUUCAAUAGGAAGCUUUUUUGUUCUUCUUAUGGUUAUUCAACUGUACGAAGCCUCAUUGCAGCUUGCUCAGCUGAUAAUGUUUACAACCAAGGAAAAAAGAAGAGACCUUCCAGCAGGGAAGAAGUAUUAUCUGAUUGCCACAGACUGCUGAAGGAGCUUUUGGAGGAAUAUCCUGAUGGCUUUAACAUGAGCAUCUUCAGACCAACUUUCAUUCAGAGGUAUAGUUAUGUUCUAGAUUAUCAAGUGCUUGGCUACCCAAAACUUGUAUCAUUGUUACAGAUAAUGCCUGGGGUGAGGAUAGAAUCUUCGUAUAUCUUACCUGCGGAAAAGUUUUCAGAUUCCAGCUUGGAGAAGCAGGCAAUUAGGGAAACACCUUUUGAUAGUUUGGAAAGUGACAAAGGGAAGGUUAUUAGCAAAGAAAAUGAAGGUAAAGGUAAUGGUGAAGAGCAUAUCUGGGAGGAGUUGGGACCUGUAUCUGACACAGUUAUCCAUGAGGGUAGUAACCUUACUGAAGAAAUGGAUAAACAGGUGAGCUUUGAUGAAGCUUCUCUUUCAGAUGAAGAAUUCACUGAUAGCGAGGAUGAUACUCCUAGUCGUUUUGAUGAAUCAGAGGGAAAGAACAGAAAAAGUGACGAAGACAGCUCUCUUCUCCAGAUUCUUGAUUCAUGGUACAGUAGUAAGGAGGCUGUUGAGAAGGAACAAGCUCAGGCUGUUGAUGGGCUUGUGGAUUGUUCCCAAAGCAAUGUUGAGAACCCUGUAGAUCUUAAGCCCACGGACUCACAACUAAAGGUGAGGCCCCCAAAACGCUAUUCUUUUGUUUCAGAGUCCAGAGAUGAUGAGAAGGAAAAGUUCGUGGAAAGCAUUUUGGGCAGUCUCAAAAAAGCAGGAGACUCAAGGUUGCAGAGUUAGGGAAUCUCAGCUAUUUGUUGCAGUGAAUGCAAUAUCUAUUCGUUAUUUGAUCCCAAGUUUUGAUUUGAGCAGAUGGCAAGUUAGUGACGGGACUUGAGCUGAAACCCAAUCCACUAGGAAGGUCUGAUUCUUAUAUAUCACUUAGUCUGCAAUGGUGAUGGUGAUGUGAUUGUGAGUGUUGAUAAGGUUUAAUUUUGACACAGCUCAUGAUAGCUUACAAGAAAAUUGUUGCAUGUUAAGCAAGAAAGGCAAGGAUCUUUCAGAAUAAUUUUGAUUUGAAGGAAGUACAAGUUUGAUGGUUUGUCCCUAUCUUUCCAGUACAUGAAAUGUAUUAGGAAAAUUGUUUGGGAUAUGGUGGCAGACAACUGACGUGAUAGAAUCACUGAGGAUCUUUGUUUGCACAGCAGAAGCGAUUCACAAAACAGAUAAUGAAUAUUGUUUUUAUUUUCAGGAGCAUUUCCUGGCAAUUAUGUUCAGCAGCAAGGCUCUUUCGUCUGGAAAAAUGAGUUCUUUUUUUUCUUUUUAUGCAAAUCUUGAUUCUGAUUAAAUUCUUUCAGAAUGAAAAAGCACAAUGGAAAGUAAGCAAUGACAUUACAGAUUUAUAAGUCAUUAUUGUAUCUGAAGAAAACCUGGCAUUGAGCUCAACUUGUACUCUCCAAUAAGGGCUUUCAGCAAAGUCUUCAUAUGAUAAUUA